GGCGCUGAGAGGCUGUCUCAGUCUGUCUCGUCUGUCUCGUCUGUCUCGUCUGUCUCAGUCUGUCUCAGUCUGUCCUGAAGCCUGGAUCUGUUCUCCACUUCAGAGCAGACCAGAGGAGGUCCGACAGCCAUCUUUCCCAGAAACCCUUUCAGUUUCACGCUGAUGGAGGAUCAGGCCCGGCACUGAGUUCCUGCAGAAUCGACACGCAGAAGAAAAGCUGCCUCUCUGCUUCAGAUGUGAGCAGCUUUUCCUGGCAGGAACACAGUCUGGAGAUUUGGUGACGAGGUCCAGCCAAAGGACGGGUCAGUCAUGGCGAGCAGAACCUCCAGCCUGUAGUGAUUCUGCUGUAAGGAGACGAGGACCCAGAGCGACGCGUUUACCUGCCAACUCUCACAUGAUGCUUGGCCUCCAUGUUGGACGCCGCUCGCUGUUGCUGCUCAGCCUCCUCCUGCUGGCGGUGCGGCGCGCCGAUCAGCAGAGGCUUCACCAAGUCCAGCACGGGCAGUGCACCUACACGUUCGUCCUGCCUGAGGAGGGACGGGCCGGCUGCAGAGAGGCCAGAGGCGGCGGCGGCGGCGGCGGCGGCGGCAGGACCAGUCCGCACGACGCCAACGCCAUCCAGAGAGACGCGCCGCCGGCCGAGCCCAGCCUGAAGAUCCAGCAGCUGGAGAGCGUCAUGCAGAACUACACCCAGUGGCUGCAGAAGAUCGAGAGCUACAUCAGGGACAGCAUGAAGACGGACAUGGCUCACCUGCAGCAGAGCGCCAUGCACAACCACACGGCGGCCAUGUUGGAAAUGGGCACCAGCCUUCUCUCCCAGACCGCAGAGCAAACACGCAAGCUAACUGACGUGGAGACUCAGGUUUUGAAUCAAACGUCGAGGCUUGAAAUCCAACUGCUGGAAAAUUCGCUUUCCACCAACAAGCUGGAGAAACAAUUAAUGAUCCAAACGACUGAGAUCAGCAAGCUGCACGACAAAAACAGCCUCCUGGAGAGGAAGAUGCUGCAGAUGGAGCAGCAUCACGGCGAGCAGCUGCAGGCGCUGAGGCAGGAGAAGCGCAGCCUGCAGGCGCUGGUGGGCCGGCAGAGCGCCGCCAUCCGGCAGCUGGAGGCCCGAGGGAACGGCAGCGCUCUGCAGGAGAUGAUGGGCAGCCGCUGCUCCGAGCAAGCAGGCGCAUCCAACCAAUCAGGAGCUGCGGAUGAAGAGAAGCAGUUUGCCGACUGCGCGGAUUUAUACAAAGCCGGUUUCCAUAGAAACAGCGUUUACACCAUCCAGAUAAAUCCACAGGAAACUAGGAAGGUGUUCUGCAACAUGGAGAGCGCGGGCGGCGGAUGGACCGUCAUCCAGCGCAGACAAGACGGCAGCGAGGAUUUCCAGAGAACAUGGAAGGAGUACAAGCUGGGCUUUGGCAGUUUGCUGGCAGAGCACUGGUUGGGAAAUGAGCACAUUUACCAGCUGACCAGCAGGCGGCAGCACGUGCUCCGGAUUGAGCUGACGGACUGGGACGGACACCAGGCCUUCUCGCUCUACGAUCGAUUCCAGAUCGGCAAUGAGAAGCAAAACUACAGGCUGUUCCUGAAGAGCCACAGUGGGACGGCCGGGAAGCAGAGCAGCCUGGUGAUCCACGGAGCCGAUUUCAGCACCAAGGACCAGGACAACGACAGCUGCUCCUGCCAGUGCGCCGUGAUGCUGACGGGCGGCUGGUGGUUCGAUGCCUGCGGCCCGUCCAACCUCAACGGGAUGUACUUCGGCCGCGGGCAGCACGUCGGGAAGCUCAGCGGCAUCAAGUGGCAUCACUUCAGAGGACCCAGCUACUCGCUGCGCGGCACCGCCAUGAUGACCCGCCCGCUGGACUUCUGAGCCGCCAUGAUGACGCCAUGAUGACGCCAUGAUGGCCCGACCACUGGACUUCUGAGCCGCCAUGAUGGCGCCAUGAUGACGCCAUGAUGACGCCAUGAUGACGCCAUGAUGACGCCAUGAUGACCCGCCCGCUGGACUUCUGAGCCGCCGUCGGGAUUCCUGGUUCUUCCGGACUUUCCUUUAAAAACGGACAGAAAUGAUCCGCAGUUUUCUGCCAUUUUGUCCGAAUUGUUUUGGCUGAAAGGGGAAAAAAACUGUAAAAUGAUGUUUAAAUUCAGCUGAAUAAAUGUUAUUAAUGUUAUAUUUACAACAGCUGCUGUACGAAGUGUUUAACCGUUACGAGUGUUUUUAAUAAUUACUGCGAUUUUAGCUUUAAGAUCAGCAUAAAGUGAGAAAAUGUGUGAAAUUAUAAAUAAAGACCAAUGUGGGGAUAGAA